UAGAAGUUCAUACAGGUGAUACAUAUAAUGAACAGACAGAUAAAUUAGCAGGUGCGGGAGUUAAUUUGGGAUCGAUAUUUGAUAUAAACACAAAUUACAUUCGAGAUCAACAAUGUCAUUUUAAUUGGAAAGGAAUAAAUAUCGAUACAGAUAUAAAAUCAUUCAUAAAAAAGAAAGAUGAAAUAGAAUCAUUAAUAACAUGGUUUACCUAG